AGGGGGGUGUGUGUGGAAAUGGAAUGGUCCCGGGCAGGUAGCCUAGGUUUUUUAAACAACGCCCCCCUCCUCCCCCCCCAAUAGCUCCUCCCCGGUCGUCAUUGCAUAGCGGCCGUGAGCAGACGUAGAUGCCCUGGAACAUACGUGGGAUAGAAGCUUUUUUAGAGCCUUAUUGUGGGUGGUGCGCUUUGAUUGUGAUAAAAAAACGCUGCUGGCUUCAAAGUUCUCUUGACCCGAUUGUUUAUCCCAAAUUCCAGUUACUCUACCUCUGGGAGGUAGAGCCAAUGUGAAGGGGCCUCCCAAGUGGUCAGGGCAGUGGGCUAGGGUCUCCAUCAGAAACCUGGAGGUGGGGGAUCAGCCACCUCACCCCCCCCUUCGUCAACAGUCUAGAGCAAGGCUUUUCAAUGACCCUCAGCAUCCCCGCCAGCAAACACUACUGGCUGCUUCAGGACUGUGUGGACGGAGUUUGUCUGAGGAGCUCAGCUAUCCCAUGAAGAUCUAUGUGGGCAAGGGGCUGUUGGCUGAAUUGGUCAGGGUAGGAUGUGAGCAGAAUCAGGCUAGAGAACACCUAGGGCUGGGAGGACAAGGAGAUGGGCUUGGCCCAGGAAGGCCCCUGGCCCCCUCAUGCUGCCUCCCACCUCCCCAGGCUCCCUGGAGGCCCUGUACGAGAUUCUGCAGCUGCCCGCCGCCCUGCGUGCCUGCCCACCCCUGCACACAGCCUUGGCCGUGGACGCUGCUUUUCGAGAGGGCAACGCUGCCCGUCUAUUCCGCCUGCUCCGGACCCUGACCUAUCUGCCUAGCUGUGCUGUGCAGGGGCACGUGGCCCAUGCUCGCCGCGGAGCCCUGGCCCGCCUCGCCCGUGCCCUCAGCACCCCCAAGGGCCAGGCCUUGCCCCUGGACUUCCUGGUGCACCUGCUGGCCUUGGACGGAUCCGAAGAGGCCCGGGACCUGUGCCAGGCACAUGGGCUGCCUCUGGCUGGGGAGGAGCGAGUGGUGUUCCUUAGGGGUCACUAUCGGGAGGAGGGGCAGCCAAGUGCAGGGGCCUGCAACCUGUUGGUGGACAGCAAGCUGCGAGGGCGGACCCUGGAGGAGGUGGUCAUGGCUGAGGAGGAAGAGGAGGGCUCCAUCAGAGUGCAGUCCCCAGCCUGAGGACGGGCCACACCGGCCCCAGAGCCCUGUGUGGGAAACCGGGCUCCAGGACGGGAGUGCAUACAGAUUCUUUGCGCUCAUAUUUUAAGGAGUCUGGGAGGCCGAGACGCUUGUGGGGUGGAGAUGCGUCUCUGUCACAUUCUCCUAUCUAAAGCUGUUCCCUCAGUAAAGCCAGUUUUAAGGUGCUA